GCCCCCGGCAUGGAUGUGAGAUUCUACCCCGCGGCGGCCGGGGACCCAGCCGGCCUGGACUUCGCUCAGUGCCUGGGCUACUACGCCUACAGCAAGUUUGGAAACAAUAACAACUAUAUGAAUAUGGCUGAAGCAAAUAAUGCCUUCCUUGCUGCCAGUGAGCAGACAUUCCAUACUCCAAGCCUUGGGGAUGAAGAAUUUGAAAUCCCACCAAUUACUCCUCCUCCAGAGUCAGAUCCUACCUUGGGAAUGUCAGAUGUACUGUUACCCUUUCAAGGCCUCAGUGAUCCACUUCCUGCACAAGGAAAUGAAUUUACACCUCAGUUUCCUCCUCAAAGCUUGGAUCUUCCUUCUAUUACAAUAUCAAGAAAUCUCGUGGAACAGGAUGGUGUAAUCCAUGGCAGUGGAUUGCAUAUGGAUCAUGGUCACACACAAGUGUCUCCAUAUCGCCAGGAUCACUCCUUAAUCAUGAGGUCUAUUGUCCAUAUGACGGAUGCUGCUCGUUCUGGGAUUAUGCCUGCUGCCCAGCUCACAACCAUUAACCAAUCUCAGCUCAGUGCCCAGCUGGGAUUAAAUUUAGGGGGUGCCACUAUGCCUCACACAUCUCCUUCACCUCCUGCAAGCAAAUCAGCAACUCCUUCCCCUUCAAGCUCUAUCAAUGAAGAAGAUGCAGAUGAGUCAAACAGAGCCAUUGGAGAGAAAAGAGCUGCUCCAGAUUCUGGCAAGAAGCCCAAAACUCCAAAGAAAAAGAAAAAGAAAGAUCCCAAUGAGCCACAGAAACCAGUGUCAGCAUAUGCCCUAUUCUUCAGAGACACCCAAGCUGCAAUUAAAGGUCAAAACCCCAAUGCAACCUUUGGAGAGGUCUCAAAAAUAGUAGCAUCAAUGUGGGACAGCCUGGGUGAAGAACAAAAGCAGGUAUAUAAAAGAAAAACUGAGGCUGCCAAGAAAGAAUACCUAAAGGCACUUGCUGCUUAUCGAGCAAGUCUUGUUUCCAAGGCUGCUGCAGAAUCGGCAGAAGCACAGACAAUUCGUUCUGUCCAGCAGACUCUGGCAUCGACUAAUUUAUCAUCCUCCCUUCUCCUAAACGCUCCUCUUUCCCAACAUGCACCGGUGUCAGCAUCUCCUCAGACUCUCCAACAGUCCCUUCCCAGGGCAAUUGCUCCUAACCCCCUGACCAUGAGACUGCCGAUGAAUCAGAUUGUAGCUUCCGUUACUAUCGCAGCCAACAUGCCCACAAACAUUUCAGCACCAUUAAUUAGCUCGAUGGGAACAACCAUGGUUGCCACACCAUCUUCAACUCAAGUGAGCCCCUCAGUGCAAACUCAGCAGCAUCAGAUACAGUUGCAGCAGCAGCAGCUGCAGCAGAUGCAACAGCAACAAUUGCAUCAGCAUCAAAUGCAUCAGCAAAUCCAACAGCAAAUGCAACAGCAGCAUUUUCAACACCACAUGCAACAGCAUUUGCAACAGCAGCAACACAUCCAGCAAAUCAGUCAACAGCAAAUGCAGCAGCAGCUGCAGCAUAUCCAGUUGCAACAAAUGCAGCAGCAGCAAAUGCAACACAUGCAGCACCAGUCUCAGCCUUCUCCUCGGCAACAUUCCCCUGUAGCUUCACAGAUAACUUCACCCAUUCCUGCCAUUGGAAGCCCCCAGCCAGCACCUCAACAGCACCAGUCACAAAUACAGGCCCAGACACAGACUCAAGUAUUGUCACAGGUCAGUAUUUUCUGAAGAUAAAUAUUGCAAAAUUGAUUUGCAUUUAUUUGGGAGGAUGAGAUGUAAGGGUAAACCAUAUUUGGCUGAAACUGUAAAUUGUUGAUGGUGGUUAUGCAGGUGUGCAUAACAGAUCAAUGGUCCUCUGAAGUGUCUAUCAGAUAGGCAAUAAAGAACUACAAUGUAGCUGUGUAUCAUCUUUUAGCUGACUAUAAAUCAUUUGGUUUUUAAAAAAAAGAAAAGCUGUGCUCUUUCAUGUGAUGCCUUCUUAAUUUAUUCAAGCUUUACCUACAAUAUGUGAAUCCAAUGGUCUAAUAAAUAUGGGACAUUAUGAUGACUGUAGACUGGCCUUUCAGAGUUAUAUUAUAUAGUCCUUAUUUCUCGAAGAAUGAAUGAAUGCACUUCAAGGCAGUUUGAACUCAUGAAGCCCUUAAAAGCACAGUUGUAACUACCUGUAAAAUGAAGACUCUAUUUCAUACAAACAUUUGUAUGACGUGAAUAGUUGAUGGCAUUUUUUUUGUCAUGGAGAAAAAUAAUGUAAAUCACAGACUUUUGCCAAAGCUAUUAUUUUUGUUCUUAAAACUCUUCAGAAAAGCAAACGCGAGUGAUUAAAUGUUCACUUCUAUCUAUAAUUUCCUUAAAUCAAACCACAGCAUAUGUUGUAACAAAAUAUGUAUUACCACUGUUAUCCCAUUAUGCCCAUUCUAAUUAGAAAA